GACAUUACACAAACUCAGGGUGCUCCCGAGGACGACGGGACAUUUGAUCAGGUUCUUUAUUGCGCAUUAACUCUCAGGUUGCAGUUAUGUGGAAUGAAAUGUUAUCAUGUUUUCUCUCUUUGUAUAGUUUGUUGUAUCAGGUCAUUGUUCCUUGCUCAUUUCCUGAGCAGCUGCGUGUCAACACUGUUGACCACCAGCAGUAUCUGGGGAAAUGGUACUUCAAAGCAGCCGUCAGUCACAGAGAGGCUGACAUCCAGAAGUUCAAAGCACUGGAUAGCGUUUGGUUCAACAUGGAGAAGAAAGCCAAUAACACACUGCUGCUGACCGGACACAUGCGCAUAGAAGAUAACUGCGUGACACAGAGCUGGACCUAUCAUAUACAUCCUGAUAGGGAUGAUUUGGAACUGGAAGGAAGGACGCACCGGAGGAACCUGCUCUGGAGCGGCACAUGGGCCAACUGCCUCGACUGCAUCGUUUUCCAAGAAACAGAGCCACCUCUAAGCCCGACGGACUCAGAGGACUCCCUCCACAGAUUGAUGCUGUAUGCUCGCCAGACUGAUGGCAAUACUGAUGUGGUGACAACAUUUCUGAAAAAUGCAGCUUGUAAUAACAUGCUGGCAAGCGUCACACUCCCUCAAGAGAAAGAGUUUUGCACCUAAGUAUUAACAUUGAGGAUGUUUCUGGAACUGUGGACAUCUUGGAUGGGAAAGAGAUUUUAUUCAUCUUUUUCAAAUAAACUGAGAAUGAGUACCAACAUUUUCUUUUCUUUUAUUUUUUACCAAAUAGCAAAUCACCUAAUUAAAAAAAAACCCAAUGAUUUGUAGUGUCAGCGACAUGAUGAAAAGGGAAGCCAGCCAUGAUGUUGUUUUGAAUGUUUACUCAUCCACUUGUUAUCCCUGUCACUUUCAGUCCAGAAAACCAGACAUGCAGUAGCUUGAGUUGAAAAAAGAAAAUCACCUUUGUGUGGGUGGAUCCACCCACAGCCAUCCAGCAAAACCUGGGGAAUUCCCAUGAUGCCACUGAACAGAAAUACCUGUGCACACAACCUGAAUGACAGCAGCACAGUUCUGUACUGGUUAACAUUUUUUUGUUUUAAUACGAAAGUGAGGAGAGAAAGUGUGAUGGAAUUCUGCCAAGAAACAAACCGAAUCAUUAAAACUCUAUUAUACAGGA